UAUACGCGUUGGCCGGUCGAGCCUCAGCCGCCUCAGCUCAGUUGUUGUUCCUCGCUCCCUCAUCAUUCCCCCGAAUUUUACGUAUUUACCGUAUUUAUUCUUCACAAAUUUGAUUUUACAGUUUUAAUCAAUUGUUCCUGGAUUGUUGCGGAUCUUCUGGUGGUGGAGAAUUUAUAAUCUCUGAUAAUGGUCUGGUAUUCAAAGCCAAAGGCGUAUUAUGCGGUUGCCAAAGGCCGUGUGCCCGGCAUCUACGACAACUGGGCUGAUACUAAGGAGCAAGUAUCAAAAUUUAGUUACUGUGACUUCAGAAAAUUUUUCUGCUGGGACGAUUGCUUUAUGUACUUGAGGAGUAAAGGGAUGACGGAGGGUGAUUUUGAAUUCGUAUGUCAAAGAACGCACAAAGAAGGACAUAAUCCCCACAAAAAAUUCUACGCUGUAGCUGUGGGGAGAGGUCCAGGAAUAUACACUCGCUGGAUCAACUGUCAGAAUGAAGUGUUGGGGUACAAAGGGGCAGACUGGCUGACCUUUGAGUGUAAACUCGAUGCCAAGAAGUUCAUGAAGAGGAGGGGACAUAAAGAGUAUUACAGGGAGAAUGCUCAGCUGCAAGUUCCCAAUCCCCUCGAAAAUAUCACAUUCAAGAGGGACAAAGAGGGGAGGGUGCAGGUUUAUGCAGAUGGAUCCGCUCCAAAUAAUGGACUUGCUGGAGCCACUGCUGGGAUUGGAGUCUGGUGGGAUGUCGACCAUCCGCUAAAUCUUUCGGCCCCUGUCGAAGGCCCCAAAGCCACCAACAUCGUGGCUGAGAUCCAGGCAGCCACAGCUGCCUGCAGAAUUGCAGUCGAAUUCAAGAUCGAUAAACUUCGAGUUUACACAGACUCUGAUUACCUUAUCAAGUGCAUGAAUGAGUGGUGGGACAAUUGGGUGAUGAAUGGCUUCAUGAACGCCAACAAGAAGCCGGUGGAGAACAAAGAGAUGCUGCUGGAGCUAAAGAAAGUUAUCGAGAAAGUCGACGUUAAAUUCCAAUUCGUGGCUGCACAUACGGGGGUGAAGGGCAAUGAGGAAGCUGAUGCUCUGGCCAAAGGAGGUGCCAAAAAGUUUAAUGAGGAAUGAAACAAAUCUCAACGAACAAUUUCAUGAUUUUUUAUUUUUUUUUGAUGAUUCCCUUUUAUUUUUGUUUUCUUUAUGGAUGCAGUCAGAAACGUAUGGAAAUAUUUAAUACAAAAAAGUUGUGUUUUUUCUAAGAAAUUCUUGGGGUUCUACUGGGGUUCUCUUCGAAUUCGACGAUUUUUUGAAUAAAAAAUUAAAUAUUGGACUUUUUGUUACUUUUUUAAAUAAGAAUAAGUCGAUAAAUUUUGA